GGAAUAUGGAAAUGAUACCCAUUGGAGUCACUCUAUACAGUAUCAACAAACUCCACUGUGCAAGAUCAUGUAACGAAUACAGCAACUGUUAUAGUUUUAACUUUAACAUGCGGACCAAUAUUUGUACUUUAGGUAAUAUAUAGUAAUAUAUAUAUAUAUACUUAAAUACAUAUUAAUAUAUACUAUAUAUAAAAUUUCAAUUAAAUAAUACAGUAGAACACGGCUACGUCGACGGCCUCGUGGUUUGCCAAUAAGCGUCGAGAUAACCGAUGAUCGAGAUAACCGAAAACCAAUAUUGCGGCAAUAUAUUAACGUAUGCUUAAACAUUUCUUUAUGUACAUGAUGUGCGUAAAUAAAUGUAAGUACUUCCGUAAAAAAAGAUAUAUACAUUUUUUAAUAUACAGUUAUUUAGAGCACAUUUUGAAUUUAAAAAGAAUAAACUUUUUUAACUUAACGACUUUUUGAGCUAGAAAUUUUUGAAGUUCCAGUUCAUUGGCUAUUUUCUACUAUGGACAAAGCCACCACAUGUUGUGCCCUCAGUCAGCUGAUCGUUUUUUGCAAAAUGACAAUAUAGUUUAUCUUAGGUGACGCCUCCCUUUAUUACUAAAAUACUAUUUAGGGACAACUUAUAUUGAACUUUCAACUUUGGCACAUGAUUAUUUAAUUAAACUUUUCCCUGAACAAUGGUUCAAUAGUUUUUGCACACGGCAAACUCUUAUGAAUGAAACUCUGACGUAGUACCAUGGCAUAGCCAUUAUGCCAGUGACCGUGAAUGGCUGCCCAUGACAACGUUUUGCACACGGUAAAUUAAUUAACAUUCAUAAUAUGGACUCUACCGGGUUUUAAAAUCUCGAAUUAAAAUAUAUUUAUUUAAAUUACUUCUAGGUUCAUUCUAAAACACAAGUCCUGUAUUUUUAGGAAUAAAUAAUUAUUUUUUAAUAUAUUUGCUAUUUCUUCUUGUGGAGUUCAAAAUCUGGCGAUGGGUCAUGGGGCUCGAGAUAACCAAGGUUAAGUGGCAUAAUUUGGCCGCCUUUUGUUCUCGAGAUAUAAGGGUUUGGCGACAUAAAAGAAUCAACAUAACCAAGGAGAAAAUGCUAAGACGAAGAGAGAAUUUAGAGGUUCCCCUUAAAAAACGUCGAAAUAGCAUGCUUGGGGAGUGAACCGAGGUCGAGAUAAGCGGGUUCUACUGUACAUAGAAAAAGCUUGCAUUACAAUAAGAAUUCCAUGCUAUUCGAAUCGAUGUCCAACGAAGUUAUACUCAUAGACUUUGUGUAGUUCUUAAAAACAGAUAAAGCAGAAUGUGCAAUGUCUAGGCUUUUAUUAUAAAUAGCCGUAAACUCCAGCCACUAUUCAGAGACAGUCAAUGUAAAGAUAUUCACUUUUAGCAUCCCCUUCUGGAUUACAAUUAUUCAAUACUUAUUAGUUUGAAGCUAAAAUGUUUGGGGUUUUUUAAUGGCAACAUUUGUAAAAGAAUUGUUUUUAAGUUUAAUUACAAAAAAAAAAAAUUAAAACAAAUAUUUUUUUUAAAAAAUCUGUUUCACGUUGUUUUCUUUAACAAACGCUAAGAAAAACAACAUAAAAAGAAUAACCAUUCAAAGCGUUACCCGUGUCGCGUCCCUUUCAUUACAAACUCUAAACUUUUUAGAUAAAAUCUGAAAAGAAUAAGAAAAAAACUCAGUCCCCGAUAGCAAUGAAGCCAUUAGAACAUUUUUUUCAUCAUGUUUUCCUACUUGUAAGUAAUACAAAUAUGUGUUAUUAAAUUCAAGUUGUAAAAUUUAGGUUAAUAUAAUUUUGUUUAAACUAAAAAAAAAACUGUUUACCGCUGGUAGAAAUGUGUGCAUGUUACCAAAGCAAUUAUUUAUGUCUUGAUCAGCUGAACAUUUUCAAUGAUCAUUUUCGUUUUUUUAUGAGAUGCAAUAAAUAUACUUUCCCAUCUUUUGUUGUAUUAAAAUAUUUAAUUUUCUACCUGAAAUUUUAAAAUCAUAUCUAAAUAACUUCAAUUUUUAAAAUGUUUACAAAAAACGAUCACACAGGGUCAUGGCUACUCAAUAACACACCAACUUUGGACCCAGAUGACACCAUUUACACCCAAGGGGCUGUCUGUGAUGAAUGGCAGCAAUUUAGAUUCAUGUCCUAUCACAAUGUCAGCACCUGUAUUUGGAUUUCUGAAAAAAAAAAUGAUUACCCUAAUUCCCAGAAGGCAUGUCAAGGUAAAACAAAAUAAAAGAUAUGACGCAUCGGUUGAAUUUCAAAUCUUACAGAAUAAUAAAGGCAUUAUCUUAUUCUACAUCUUUUAUUUACUAAGGAUCCACGAACACUGUCUUUAGAAAAUCUGUCAUUUAGAAAAAAAGGGCUUUUAUAAUACGAUAAUUAUAUAUAAAAUAUACAUUUUUAAAAAUAGUUUUAUUCAUAAAGAGAAACAUGAACAAGUACAUCAUAUAAAAAUUAAAGAAGCAAUUGUUGGCACAUAACCUCAAUGGGCUUUGAAAUGACAAAAUAAAAGAGAUUUAAAAAUAUUUCAUUUUUUUAUUUGAAUUCAAAUGUAAUUUAUUCAAAUCAGUUGGCCAACAAAAAUGUGUAAUUUCUUCAGUAGAUUCUAUGAUCUUGGAAAACUUCUGAAGUUUUGUAUCCCUAGGUCUCAUUCUUGUUUUCGUGUUCAAAACUUUACACCAUUCAAAAUCAAUAAAUGUUGGAACAAAAUAUGUUUAGGCUGGAGAAAGAAAGGACAGGACCAUGGUUCAAGCCUAAAAAUAUCUUGUUCAACUAUUUAUUUCUAGAGAUGUCAUAAAUGCAGUACCUCGUACUUUAUCAUUUCAAAGCAACUACAUUUUUUUAAAAUGAUAUAGCCAAUUGUUUUAUAACAUGGUUGCUAAAAUAGUAGAAUAUUUUAGCAUUGAAAAGAGAGAUUACUUAUCAAGAUUUAAAGCAAUAAAUUACUUGCAGUUUAUAAUGAUUUAAAUGUCAUUCAAAUUAAAUAAAUGUUUGAAAUUUGGGAAAAUAACAAAUAGUAUAAGUGGUUAUUAUUAUAUUUUUUUAAAAAUAUCUAUUAUUUACCUAUAAAAGCAGAUGGUAAAAUAUUUAAAACUUGUUUGUUUUUUUUUGUUUGUUUUUUUUGUUUUUUUUUAAAUUCAAAAUAAAUUGAAGAAUGUUUGUUAUGAUUUACUUUGAUCUCUUCCUCUACAAAUAUAAUAGAAAGAGGCAAAGCCGUUUAAGAAGACUUUUCAUUAUUCAUAUUUUUAAUGUUAGAUCAUUGUUAAGAUCACACGGCAUAUGUUUGAAUCGUACGAUGUUUUCAAUUAUCUUUCAGAGAUGAAUUCCCAUUUGUACACUUUAAAGGUCAUCAAAAAACUGUCCAUGAUGAUGGACGCCAUAAAAGUAAAGCACCCGGCCUCUGAAACCUCCCAAAUGUCGUUCUGGGUCGGACUAAAUAAUGUAGAGACUGAAGACGUGUACAGAUGGGACGAUGACGG